UAGAAAGGCAACCUUAUUAGCCGCCCCUGAUGCUCUUUCUAGAUUGCCACUGGAACAAGAGCAAGUAAAAGUCAUCAAUUCUUACAUUGAAAUCAUGCCUGAUUUACCUGUUACAAGCUCUGUUGUAGCCACAGCAACUCAGGAAGAUCCCCUUCUAAGCCAAGUGCAUAAUUUUGUGUUGAUUGGUUGGCCUAACUCUAUUGAAGAUAAAAAUCUUGUACCAUUCUUCAAAAUUAAGGAAUUUUUGUCCUUAGAGGAAGAAGUCAUUUUGUUUGGUGAUCGCGCUGUCAUCCCCAGUAAAUUACAGAAAAUCGUUUUAAAUUUACUUCACAAAUCGCAUCCAGGAAUAGUUAGGAUGAAGUUAUUGGCAAGGCAAAAUGUUUGGUGGCCAAGCCUAAACUCAGAUAUAGAAAGCAUUAGCAAAUCUUGUGAAGCAUGCCAAGCACUAAAUUUUAAACCUUUGUCUUGUGAAUCUGUGUCCUGGCCCGUCACAAGUUCUCCUUGGGAGAGAGUCCAUGUGGAUCAUUUUUAUUUCGAUAAUAAUACAUUCUUUCUCUUAGUUGAUACUUAUUCAAAUUGGUUAGAUGUCUGCCAAGUUAAGUCUACUUCUGCUGAAAGUGUUAUAGCUAAGUUAAGUUCACACAUUUGUACUUUUGGGCUUCUCAAAGAAAUAGUAAGUGAUAAUGGCCCGCCGUUUGAUUCGGCAGAAUUUUUAGACUUCUGUACAGCCAACAAUAUUUUGGUGUCGAAAUCGCCACCGUAUCAUCCGAAAAGCAAUGGUACUGCAGAGAGAGCAGUACGUACCAUCAAAAGUGCUUUAAAGAAAGGUAUUAUGGACGCUAAAAAUGUUGAAAAAUCAUACUCCUUAACAAAUAUUUUAUCAGAAUUUUUGCUUCACUACCGAAACACUCCAACCACAGUAAAAGGAAAAACCCCAGCUGAAUUAAUUUUUAAUUAUAAACCUCAAAUUCCGCUCUCGUUAUGUAAACCACAAGGACAAACAUUUAGAAAAUUAGUUAAGUUGGAACCUGAUUGCAAAGUCUUAGUAAAAUUUAGCAAAAACCAUGAAACAAAAAUAGGUAAAAUAAUUAGAAAUGUAAGCCCAACAACCUAUUUAGUAAAUUUAGAUGGUAACACUAAAUUAGUACAUGUAAAUCAGUUAAAAGUAACUUCUUUGUCAAUGGAUUCGCUUCAGAAUAAGGCACCAGUUCUUGAGUCAUCUAAACUUGAAAAUUCUUGGGUGAACAAGGAGAGUUGUCGCCGGUAUGUGGUGACUAGUCCUUUGCGUCAUCUGCAGCCAAAUUUGGCAUCAUCCAAAACCAGUGCCCCAAAGCAGUCUUGUCAAAACAGACCGGUUACAUCUGUUCCCAGUUCAACAACCUUGCACCCAGAAGUGCGACGUUCUGGCAGAAUCCGGAAACAGCGUGACCGCUUAGAUCUUUAAUUGUCAGAAUUUGUUAAUUCCUCGAAAUUCUCUUGUUGACCUUACAUUUAAAACAAUUGUCAAAAAUUUAUAAAUUCCUUGAAAUUCUAUUUGUUAACUACAUUUAAAAUAAUUGUCAAAAUUUGUAAAUUCUUUGAAAUUCUCUUGUUGACUAAACAUGUAAAAAAAUUUUUUUUUUUUUCUACCCUAGCGGGGAGAGGAUGUUGUGAAUGUAGAUUUGGCUACACUGUACAUAGCAUCCGCCAUCUUGUCGUUGUCUCUCGUCUACCGUACUGUUCACCGACCUUGUAUGUCCCUUGUCAACCGUCACCGUUUUUCCUCCCUUUGAAUAAAGAAUUGUGUCGUGUCCUCCAA